GAUUAAAGGAUGAAGAUGAUGAAAACGAUAUUUAUUUAAUAGAUGAAAUUGAAGAAAAGCUUUUUAUAUUAGAAGAAAAUCAAUAUGAUACUAUUUCCGUCAAAAGUAAAUUAUUAUUAAUUGGCAAUACAAUGGAUUUAGAUUCAUCUAAUUUUAAAUUACAAUCUUUAGAUAAUGAUAGUUCAGAAUUUAUUAAAGAUCACAUCGAAGAAGAUCAUAGUAAUAAAGAAUUCGAUGUUGAUGCUUUA